AUGGGGCCGGGGCAGACAGGGAUCCUUCUAGUUCUUCUCCCUUAUCUGUGCCAAGGAUUUAACUUGAAAUCGGUUGAAAACCUCCUUGCGGUCGCCGGGCCGUUACCGAGCGAUAGCGGGGAUGUUUCUAACGAGGUGACGCCGAUCGUUGGAUGUCAUGAAGGCGUCUUGCGUGAAUUUGAAGACCAGCUGGCCUUUCUGCAGAGGUUCGGUGUCACCCACUAUAAAGUCAAUCUAGAACCGAGCGUUCUCCUGAAGGGCGGCCAUCGCGAGGCCGACGAGCCGCAGGUCCUUUGCUAUCGGAAGCUUCUCCAGCGUCUCGCCGACGCGACCAUUAAACCGGUGGGGAUCUUACAGGGAGGUCUGUGGCGCGACUGGAGCAGCUCGUCUGAUGCUUUCGUAGAAUACGCCGAUUUCGCCUUUAAGGUUUUCGGGGAUUUGGUUCACACUUGGAUUACUUUUAAUAUUUGGUCGGAUGACGGAACAAAUCCCGAAACCCUGCAGGCUGUGAUCGCAGCGCACGAGAGAACGCGCCACCUGUAUCGCAGCAAAUACGCCACACAAGGUGGAAAACUGUCUUUGGCUCUGGAUCCGUCCGCGCUGAGCGCCUGCCUCGCCUCUGGCCUCACGCUCCUGGAAACUGUUGAUUUUGUUGCUUUGAACAUAAAUUACAACUGCCAUGACAACGCCCCGCUGAUCGCGGAGGAACAGGUUUUGCAGAAAGUUGGGGAGCGUCGGGACGUCUUGGUUUUCAGUUUACGGCUGAGUGGCUGUAAUUCCGUCACCGCGGAAAGAAAAUAUAAAUCAGCUUUCAAAGUAUUGGAAGCGGUGAUGAAUUCUGGCGCAGUGCCCAUGGGGUAUGACAUCAGCGCGUUUCAAGGCGAGUCGCCUGACAGCAAGCAGAGAGCGGAAAACUCACAAGGGAAGCCAUCAGCCGCUCGCUCGUCGUAUAAUACGGUUUGGGAUAAAUUCUCCAAUCAGACGUCACCGGACAGAGACGCCUUUCUGCACGACACCUUUCCCAGUGGCUUCAGGUGGGGGGCAUCUACGGCGGCCUUCAAAGUGGAAGGAGGUUGGGCAGAAGAAGGGAAGGGUCAGACUAUAUGGGACACGCUUGGGCAGCAUGGCCACACCGACAAAAACGCAACCGCCAACGUGGCCAGUGACAGCUACCACAAGAUCGACUACGACGUGUACCUUCUGAACGGGCUCCAGACCAAAAUGUAUCAGUUCUCCAUAUCUUGGUCUAGGAUUUUUCCAACAGGGAGUAAAGAGAAAGAGAAUACCAAAGGGGUUAAAUACUACAAUAAAUUAAUUGACCGCCUACGGGACUCCGGCAUUGAGCCCAUGGUCGCUUUGUAUCACUGGGAUCUGCCCCAGUCUUUGCAGGACCUCGGGGGCUGGCAGAAUGACAGUAUUGUUGACGCCUUUGCGGAUUAUGCCGAUUACUGCUUUCGAAGUUUUGGCGAUCGAGUGAAGUUUUGGAUCACUUUCCAUGAACCUUGGGUUGUAAGCUAUGCUGGCUAUGGCACUGGAGAACAUGCCCCUGGGAUUAAGGAACCGGGGAAUGCCUCCUACAAGGUGUCUCAUAACAUCUUGAAAGCCCACGCUAAAGCCUGGCAUGUCUACAAUGAUAAAUACCGCUCCCAACAGAAUGGCCAAGUGGGGGUCUCUCUGAACUCAGACUGGGCAGAACCAGCGUCGCCCACUGACCCUGAGGAUGUGACGGCCGCUGAGCGCUACCUUCAGUUCAUGCUUGGCUGGUUUGCCCAUCCAAUUUUAAUCAACGGUGACUACCCCGAGGUUCUUAAAACCCAAAUACAACAGAAACACCAACAAUGCCCCAACACAGUUUCCCCGUUGCCCGUAUUCACAGAGGAGGAAAGAAGCCAAAUCCGUGGCACGGCCGACUUCCUUGGCAUCUCCCAUUACACCUCCAGGCUGGUCAACACCUCCCAGAGCGCCAGCUGUGAUCCCGAAUACCAUAACAUUGGGGACUUCACAGCCCACGUGGAUCCAUCGUGGCCUGAAACUGCCUCUCCGUGGAUCCGGGUGGCCCCCUGGGGCUUCAGGAGGCUGCUGAACUUUGUGAAGGAAGAAUAUGCAAAAGACAACGUUCCAAUAUACAUAACUGGGAACGGAAUGCCGACAACAUACGACGGAGAGGCGUUUUAUGACAUGGCCAGAAUGGACUACUUAACCGCCUACAUCAACGAGGUUUUAAAAGCGGUGAACGUCGAUGGUGUGUCAGUAAAUUCAUACAUCGUCAGGUCCCUCCUGGAUGGCUUUGAAGGCUCUGAUGGCUACAGCCAGAGGUUUGGGUUACAUUACGUGGAUUUUGAAAAUGCAAACAGGCAAAGAACCCCCAAAGAAUCUGCGUAUUUGUUCUCUAACAUUAUUGAGAGUAAUGGUUUCCCGCAGACCAAGAAGAAGGCACUGACUCCUGGGGCAGAGUGGCCACGUGGAGACAAGGCAGCACCUCUUCCCGCGUCAGAAGUUCCCUCAAAGGCUAAAGUCGUAUGGGAGAAAUUUUCAGGUCAGAGUGCUUUUGAAAGAGAUAUGUAUUUCCACGCCACGCUGCCGGAUGAUUUCAAAUGGGGAGUUUCCACCUCGGCUUAUCAGGUCGAAGGUGGGUGGAAUGCCGAUGGAAGAGGACCUAGUGUUUGGGACACGUUUUCUCACGUUCCUGGGAAUAUUGCGGACAAUGGUAAUGGGGACAUUGCCUGUGACAGUUACCACCAACUGGAUGCUGAUCUAUACAUGCUGAGGUCCUUAGGGGUAACUAGCUACAGGUUUUCCUUGUCUUGGUCUCGUAUCUUUCCAACUGGCCAAGGUACCCCUAAUGACGUAGGGGUUGAGUAUUACAAUAGACUCAUUGACGGCCUGUUGGCAAACAACAUAUCUCCUAUGGUAACCCUUUACCACUUCGACCUGCCUCAAGCACUUCAAGACUUGGGCGGUUGGGAGAACGACCUGUUGGCUGAUGCAUUUCAUAGCUACGCUGAAUUUUGUUUUAAUACCUUUGGCGAUCGGGUCAAAUUCUGGAUAACCAUUCAUGAGCCCCACAGCGUUGUCACAGCGGGAUACGGGUUGGGUAUUUUCCCACCUCAAGCCAAUGACCCAGGCUAUGCACCUUACAGAGUGGCUCGUCGUCUCCUGAAAGCCCACGCCAAGGUGUACCACACCUACGACCAGAAAUAUCGGCAAAGCCAAGGAGGCGUCAUUUCUCUCAGCCUCAACACAGAAUGGGUCGAACCCAAAAACUACAAAGACCCGAGAGACAUAGAAGCAGCCGACCGCUACCUGCAAUUUACAUUGGGAUGGUUUGCUCACCCGAUCUUUAAAAACGGCGACUACCCGGAUGUCAUGAAGUGGCAAGUGGCAAAUAAAAGUGAAUUACAGGGACUUCAUUCUUCCAGAUUACCUGUUUUUACAGAAGAAGAGAAAGCAGAGAUCCGAGGAACGGCUGAUGUUUUCUGUAUAAACAUCUAUUCCACGAAGACAAUUACUCACAAAACUUCUCGUUUUAACCCGGCCUCGGUGAAGGAAGAUAUGGACGUCCUGGAAGAAGUUGCUCAGGAUUGGCCAACAACACACGUUAACGAGCACAGAGCGGUGGCGUGGGGACUCAGAAGGCUUCUUAACUGGAUAAGAGAAGAAUAUGGCGACACCGCAAUUUAUAUCACUGAGAAUGGGGUCUCCACAAAUAGCGAGCCGGACUUUGACGACACCAGCCGUAUAUUUUACUUUAAAACGUACAUAGAUGAAGCUUUAAAAGCUCACAGCAUGGACGGGGUGAACCUAAAAGGAUACACAGCCUGGUCGCUCAUGGACACCUUUGGAUGGACCUUCGGUUACACCGCGCGCUUUGGGUUGCACCACGUGGAUUUCCAGCACCCCAGCCGCCCCAGGACCCCCAAACGCUCUGCCAUUUACUACGCGGACGUUGUUCGCAAUAAAGGGAUCCCCCUAGACAAAGAAGACAAAUUUCUCUACGGGGAAUUCCGCUCGGACUUUGCAUGGGGCGUAGCAUCCUCAUCUUACCAGAUUGAAGGCUCCUGGAGGGCCGAUGGUAAAGGGCUGAGCAUCUGGGACCAGUUUACACACUCGCCCAACACCAUUGAUAACGACGAUACCGGAGAUAUCGCCUGCAACAGCUACAACAGGGUGGAGGAGGACAUCGAAUUAAUUAAGAACCUGAAGGUGACACACUACCGGUUUUCUAUCUCUUGGCCACGAGUCCUACCAGACGGGACGACAAACUUUGUGAACGAAGCCGGGCUAAGUUAUUACGUGAGACUUAUCGAUGGUCUUUUGGCCGCUAAUAUCAAGCCACAGGUAACCAUUUAUCACUGGGAUCUCCCCCAAGCGUUACAAGACGUCGGAGGCUGGGAGAACGAAACCAUCGUGCAGAGAUUUAAGGAGUAUUCGGAGCUGCUCUUCCAGAGAUUGGGAGACAAAGUGAAGUUCUGGAUAACCCACAACGAACCGUAUAUCGUCGCCAAUCUUGGAUACGGAUACGGUUCAUUUGCCCCAGGGAUUUCAUCAAGACCUGGUGUCGGCCCUUACGUGGCUGGGCACAAUCUCAUCAAAUCCCACGCCGAGGUCUGGCAUCUGUACAACGAUACCUACCGAGCCAAACAAGGUGGCGUCAUAUCCAUCACCAUCAACACCGACUGGGCCGAUCCCAUAAAUCCAUAUAAACAGGAGGACGUAGAGGCAACAAAGAGAUACUUGGCGUUUUUUGGAGGGUGGUUCGCAAAUCCUAUUUUCAACAAUGGCGACUACCAUGAAAUCAUGAAAACCGCUAUACGAGAAAGAAGUCUCCUUCAAGGAUUCCCAACAUCCCGACUCCCAGAAUUCACAGAAAGCGAGAAGAAGAGGAUUAAAGGAACCUACGACUUCUUUGGCUUCAAUCAUUACACCAGCGUUCUGGUGGGCUCCACCAACUACCCCUUAAACGAGGUUUCCUUUGAUGCAGACAGAGGAGUGUACCUGCUGUCCGACCGUACCUGGCUGGGUUCCGGCUCUUCUUGGCUGAAAGUGACCCCAUUUGGCUUCAGAAAAAUAUUGAACUGGAUAAAGGAAGAAUGCAACAACCCCCCGAUCUACGUAACGGAAAACGGAAUUUCCGAACGCGGAACCAACCUGAACGACAAGUGGAGAGAACAUUACUAUAAGAGUUACGUGAACGAAGCCCUGAAAGCUGUGAAAUACGACGGCGUGGACCUGCGGGGCUACACGGCCUGGUGUCUGAUGGAUAACUUUGAAUGGGCGGCAGGGUACUCCGAGCGGUUCGGCUUGUAUUACACAAACUAUUCGGACCCCUCUCUGCCGCGUAUCCCAAAAGAGUCUACAAAGUAUUACAGAACCCUGAUCCAGUGCAACGGAUUCCCGGAUCCCGCAGAGGGGCCGCAUUCCUGCCUCCAGCCGCAGCCGGACGGGACGUCUGCAGUUCCAACCGGAACCACUAGGGGCCACACAGAUCCCAUCACGGGGCCCGCAGAAGACGACAGGACCGGAACCGUGGACUUCCUUGGAUUAGCGAUUUCUACUACGGACGCCAUGAUCGCUUUAUACGUGGAAUUUUCGCUUCUAAUUACCGCCGUUUUAGGUGUUGUCUUGCUUUCCGUUCUGUACUCAAAGCUCAAAAAGAAACUGAAGCGCUCGCAAUAAUUUUAGAUUCUACAGACAUAUGCCGCGUGUUCCGUUAUCUCGGGCCGAUCUGUACGAAUGAAUAAAUUUGCAGCUAGAAACA